CUUUGACCAUUUUCUUUUUAAGAGAAAGCCUCCGUGUCUUCUUCUUCUUCUACUUCUCUCGCCGGCAACGAAAAGACCUAGAGGGCAGAGGCUCAGUUACUAUUUUCAGUAUUCCUUAAAAUAAAUAUUGCUGUUCUUUCUCUGGAGGUCGUCUAUACUUUUUUUGGCUAAACAGAGUCGGUGGGGUUAGGCAUGGCUACAACCUCUGUAAACGAGAGGCGAUCCGAUAGGAUAAGCGGUUUACCCGAUGAUCUGCUACGUCGUAUCCUCUGGAACCUCUCCACCAAGGAUUCUGUUCGCACAAGCCUUUUGUCUAAGCGAUGGAGAUAUCUAUGGAAACACGUUCCUGCGCUGGACCUUGACUCCUUUAACUUCCCUGAUUAUUGGGGCUUGAAGUACUUCUUUGAUACCUUUAUGGAAGAGUCUAACAAAAAUGUGAACUUGGAGAGAUUCAGGUGGGUUUAUGACGCUGACCUCGAAGAGCAUUGUGAGGAUUCUUUCGUGUCUCUCAUGGAUGAUGUCGUCAACCGUGGGGUUUCUCAUAUGACACUUGUUAGUAAGGUUGAUGCCCCGGAUUCGGUGAGGAUGCCUCUCUCCCUUUACUCAUGUGCGACGCUGGUGAGUUUAACCCUCUAUGGUGUAGCCUUCGAUGCUCCUCCUAAAUCAAAAUUGGAAUUGGUUUCUUUGCCUUGCCUCAAGACUAUGCAUCUCGAAGCCGUCAAGUUUGACGGAGCCUCAAUAUUUGAGACUCUCGUAUCAAGAUGCUCAGCUAUCAACGAGUUAAUCGUAGUCACGCAUCCUCGUGAUCAUCUCGGAGUUGUUUGUGUGCGUUCUCCGUCACUGAGACUCUUCAAACUAGAGUCUAUGCGUGAGGAAGGUGGAGAUCCUGAGGUUGUAAUUCAUGCUCCCAAACUCGAGUAUAUGAGUAUCAUCAAUUACCAAUCUGAGAGUUUCAUAGUUCAGAGUAUUGCUCCUUAUGCAAAGGUGAACAUCGAUCUUAACUUUGAUGUGGAGGAGGAUGAUGAUGAUCAUAUGAUCCUUGGUUUUCUCACAGCCAUAUCCACAGUCCAAGAAAUGACAAUCUCUGCUCGAACUCUAGAGAAGAUCGCUGAUUGUUACAGAUUGGAUCCGCUACCUCAGUUCUUUAACUUGACUUGCUUGCAUGCUUCGUUGCCUGAGUCUUCUUGGGAAAUGUUUGCAACGUUUCUUGGUUACUGCCCGAAUCUGAACUCACUCGACUUGGAAUUUGACGGCCUUCCAGAGACGAAGGAGAUUAAAGACUCAUUUGUUCCUCAGUGUUUCAAGUUAUCCGUCAAGUUUGUCCUUUUGAAGAUACCAACCACAGUUACAAAGACAUCAAGCAAGAUGCAGCUAGCAAGAUACUUUAUAAGGGAGUGUCUAGUUUUGAAGAAACUGAUGCUAAAUGAAAGUUUCGGAAACGUCAUCAAUAAAGUCAAAAAGAUUCCAAAACGGGUUACAGGGUGUGAAGUUGUCAUGCUAAAUCCAGCUUACGAGGUUAAUUCUCAUGGAUCCAGUGUAUUACCAAUGAUCUACGAAAACAUGUUCAUUCCAAAAAUACUUGAUCACUAAUCAAGUGUAAGAGCUUUUAGACUUUUUGUGGACAUGGGUCUGACCAAGACGUUAUGCAACUAUGCAAGUAGAUGAACUUGGGUUUUCUUUUGGUUUAGUUGAAUUUCGAUGAUUUGAUCUGACUUUGGUGGAACCUUUUGUAGUUCUCAUCGAGAUCUCCGGUGUAAUAUGACUACUUGUUUUUCAAUAUAUGUUUUACAACAGCA